GAGUGGACAUGAUCCCGCCAUAGAACUGCUGCUGGAGAGAGGAGCACCCAUACUGGCUAGGACCAAGAACGGUCUCUCCCCCCUUCACAUGUCGGCCCAGGGAGACCAUGUGGAGUGCGUCAAACACCUGCUGCAGCACAAGGCGCCUGUUGAUGAUGUCACCCUGGACUACCUGACAGCGCUUCAUGUCGCCGCCCACUGUGGUCACUACCGAGUCACCAAGCUGCUGCUGGACAAGAGGGCCAACCCCAACGUUAGGGCUCUGAAUGGGUUCACUCCACUGCACAUCGCCUGCAAGAAGAACCGGGUGAAGGUGAUGGAGCUGCUGGUGAAAUACGGAGCCUCCGUCCAGGCCGUCACGGAGUCUGGUCUGACCCCCAUCCAUGUCUCAGCCUUUAUGGGUCACCUCAACAUGGUGCUGCUGCUGCUACAGAACGGAGCCUCGCCUGACAUCUCU